AUGGCGUCGCUCGAGGAAGAGGACGAUCGUGACCUGGCAGGCUCCCAGGACGGUAGCUCGGAUAACGAGAUGGAGGACGCCAUGCAGGAACUCGACGAUGGGGAAGGGGACAACGAAGGAGAUGGUGAUGUGGACGCUGAUCAGGAUCAAGACCAAGAUCAGGAUCACGACCAAGAUCCAGAAAGCCCCUCAAACACUAGUCAGGCCUCAGACGGAGCGGCUAUGGAUUCUCAACUUGAUCAAGGGAAUACCGACAUGACCACACCUCCAAACGUCGCAAACUCUGCAGUUGAGUCCUUCUCCAUCUACCACCCAAGCGUGCGGCCGGAGUGUCUCAAUGCGAAAACAUAUGAUAUUGUUCCCACUACUGCUGCGCCCCAUAGCACGUCGAUCAAUGCGGUCACGGCGACCGCAGACAUGCGUUGGGUAUUCAGCGGAGGCUCAGAUGGGUUCGUGCGCAAGUUCAAUUGGGCAGACUCGAUCAACAGCAAGCUCAUGUUGACCGUUGCGCAGCGUCAUCCGUUCGUGGACAGUGUGGUGAAAGCGGGUGUCUACAUGACAUAUUGGGAAAACAUGGACGGUAAUAGUCUGUCGCCCGUCUACUCUUUGGCAUGUCAAAGCGAAGGUCUGUGGCUACUGACAGGGCUGGAAUCCGGCGCAAUUCGGCUGCAGACCCUUCGUCACGAUGAAGGGAGAGAGAUAGCCCAACUGAGACAACACACAUCUGCUGUCUCGGCACUUUGCCUCACUUCCGAUGAGAAGUCGCUUCUUUCUGGAAGCUGGGACAAACGUGUGUUCGACUGGGAUUUAAACAACGGACAAGCACGGCGUGCUUUCGGGGCAAGUGCUGGUCAGAUAUCCGCGGUCCAAAUUCGCCCAGAAUCGACGCUUUCAGUGCCAACAGAUACAAUGGACUACGCACAUGUGAAUGGUACAUACUCAUCUAAUUAUGGUGCCAGCGGCAACGACACCUACAAUGCCAUGGACACUACCCAGGACACUGGCGAAGUAGGCGCCAAUGAGAACCCGCAGGCGGGUUCCCCCACAGAUUCUCUCUUUGGAGGCGCCGAUUCGCUAUUUGGUGAUGCAGAAGAAGGAGCUGGUGAUGGGAACGAACCAUCAGGCGGUGUAUUUGGAGUGGACGAAGAUGACGAAUUCGGUCGUGCGCUCGCUAAUGGUGUAAUGGGUGACUCCAACGUCACGGGCGAAGUGGAGAGCACCAUAGCGCAGCCCACUGGAACGAGAUCUCAGCAACAAGACACGUCUAAGGACACAAGCAUCAACCCUGACCUCUCUAUCGCCGACCAAACUACACUCAACACUGACAGUUCGAACACGCUGAAAGAACCAGCUGUUAACGGCAUGCCCCACGCCGAAGAUAUGGAGGCUCAGCCACCCGGACUGAACUUCUCACAGCCUGCACAAGCCGAGCAAGAACCAAGCUCAGAUACGACGUUUCUCGCUGCUUCUAUCGAUGGCACGAUACGUGUGUGGGAUCGACGUCAGCCUGAUCCUGUGGCGCGAAUCUCACCUCGUAAUGUUCCCCCGUGGUGCAUGAAUGCAUGCUGGUCGCCUGAUGGCAACUACAUCUAUGCAGGACGGAGAAACGGCACCGUGGAGGAGUUCAGUUUGCACAAGGGUCUGAAAGAGCCGGAACGUACAUUCAAGUUUCCCCAAGGGAGUGGGCCAGUCACAGCGCUCAAGGCGAUGCCAAAUGGUCGCCAUUUAGUCUGUGCCUCUCACGACAUCUUGCGUCUGUAUGAUUUGAGGCAUGAGCAGUCCUCUCGGCAUUCGACCGUACCUUUCUUGAUUAUCCCCGGCCACAGAACUGGAACGAUCUCCCAGCUGUUUGUGGAUAAUGCCUGCCGCUUCAUGAUUUCCACGAGCGGGAACCGUGGCUGGGAAGGUAAUACGACUGAGGUCCUCCUCGGCUACGAGAUCAGUGCUCCGCAGUGA